AACAUGAGAUCAGGACUGCAGAAGCCUGAGCUCCACCAUGUUGUUGUUGACGUUGUUGCUUUGUGGCGCUCAUUUUGUCCACGGUGUUGCAGCAGAGGUCAACAAAGCCUCUUCCUCCUGUGCAGAUGUAUGCAGACUGCAGAAUGAGCUUGCUGCUUUGACCGACAGGCAAAGAUCUCUGGAAACCGGACUGACAGAGGCCAAAAGCCAGAUCGCAGAACUGAUGAGUAAAGCACCAACCAGAGUAGUUUUUACUGCUACAACUGCUGAGAGUGGAGCCAUCGGACCCUUCAGCACCAACACAAACAUCCUCUUUAAAACGGCCAUAACAAAUGUGGGCCAGGCCUACAACCCAUCUACAGGAAUCUUCACUGCGCCUGUUAAUGGCAUUUACUACUUCAGUUUCUUCUGUCACUCUGGAGGAAAUCGCCUCACAAGUCUCAGACUCAUGAAGAAUGAGGAAUAUAUUGUAGGAAUUUAUGACCACCAGACAUCACACGAUGGAGCAGAUAAUGGAGGCAAUGCUGCAUUUCUGCAGCUGCAGCAAGGAGAUCGAGUUUCUGUGAAUUUAGCUGCAAACACGCAUGUUUGGGGCUAUGGCUCUGUGACCACCUUCAGUGGUUUCCUGCUCAGCUAAGAAUGACAGAUUAAAUUAAAUGAGAUUUUACUGAAAAUUAUCUGUUCUCUGUCAGACAUAAGCCUGCCCCCCUUUUAAGCCUGCAUUUUCUCUGCACCGGGGUAGCAGAACAUGUUGGCUUUGCCCUAUUCCUAUAUACUAAAUCCUUGCCAAUAUUCCAGAAUGUGACUUUCCCAUUUAAUCCAGGCAAUUCUGAAAAGAUCAGUGUCUUAGCUGUAAAGCAAUUGAGCCUCAAUGGCAGAUUGCAUGGAAAGUCUUUCAGUGAUCCCAGUGUUGAGUCUGCAGACUCUUUAACUGAGGAAGUUUGUUUAAUUCCAAAGGUCAGUAUGGCUGCUGUGAUUUGUCCUGAUAUUUAUAUGACAUAUUGCAGUUUAUUUAAUUAUAAUGAAGUAGUUUAACUCUGACCAAAAAAAAAAAGAUAACUUUGAUAUAUUAUACACAGAUAUAUAAAAAACAAGACACCGCCGGACACAAAAAUGCGUUUUAUACUUUUAGUAUAGCAGUGAUAUUUGGGGAAAUUUAUACUAAGCAAAUAUUGAUCCUAUAAUUAAACUACCAAAAUACCACUUAGAGCCAUAAAUAAAGUAGUUUUUUGUGAAUCUAUGAACAUUUAUAAAUGAAUAUGUAAUUUGAUCGUAUACAUUAGGGAAAGAGGAAAAUCAACUCGGUGAUAUAUCGAGCUAUUUCAACUGACGAUACUUGCAUCGAUUUAUUUGCUGUCAAGACAUUAUUUAUUUAAUUAUUUAUCAGCUUCCGUCAGCGUCAGUUGUUACAAAGACGUACAUGGAUCUAAUCUUCAACCAGCGGAUGGAUCAGAAUGAAGAGGAGCAGGGAGUUUGCCCACAAAUUGUAGAUUUUAUGUAACCACCGAGCGUUUUCACUCUGCACAUUUUUGUCUGCUCCAGAUUUAUGAUUUGAAUAAAGAAAUACUCAGAAACGCAA